AUGGGAGAAAAAGAUGAGAAAGCAGCAGCCGAAAGGAUUCAGAUUCAGCUCUCCUCGGCCGCCUUUGUCCGCAGGCUGCCCCGGCGAGUGCGUGCGAGCGAGAGGGGUGCUGAUGGGAGCCAGUGCUUUGGCGGGGGACAGCGGGGGAUGCUGAGCGGGGGGCGGGAGGGGCUGUUUGAGCUGGGACAGAGGCUCCAGCGGCAGGGGGAGUACCAGGCUGCCCUCCACUGCUUCCUCAGCUGCCUGCUCGGACUCACCCAUGUGCAGAGCUUCACCUCGCUGCCCAACUGCCUCCACCAGAUUGCAGAGCUCUUCAUCACGGAAAAGAACUAUGAGAAGGCGCUCCAGUUCAUUCAGGCUGAGAAGAUGUUCUACGAGGUGGCUCUGAUCGAACUGACCGCUCUGCAACGGGACACCGGGCCGCAGGAGGAGGCCACCCUGGGCUCGGCGGCGGGGGCCACAUGGAGCAGUCCGGAGGAGCUGUCGGAGCAGGCGUCCCAAGCACAGCACCUGGAGAGACUGGCCCAGCUCUGCAUCAUGAGCAAACAACCCCAUCUGGCUCUAGAAUACAGCGUUAAGGCCACAAAAAUCCACCAGAGGGCUUUUGGCAAUGACCACCCCAUCACGGCACGCAGCCUGGAGCUCAUGGCCACGGUGUACGCGGAGAUCGGCAAAACGGAAUAUUCAGACUCCCUGGGCCAGUGCGUGUCGGCGCUGUCCAAACGCUUCGCCGCGGCCGAAUCCAUCAAAGACACCGUGGUCAACAACUGUCUUCCACACCACCACCACAGCGAGAAGCACUCAGAGAUCCGGCACAGGAAGGAGCACCACGCAGAGCCAGACGCCACGGAGAAGCCAAAGGUAACGUGUUGUAAAGUCCCGACCUCCAUCCUCAAAAGGCCGAGUACGAUCUACGGGAUGGAGUCGGAGCCGGGCCACAGGCGGAAAGGGGAGAGGAGGGUGAGGUUUCGGGAGCCGGAGACCACAGUGCACGCCUACGAGACGUCCUCCUCGCGGCCGCACCUGGCCCUCUUCACCUGCCUCUUCCUCCUCAUGUCCCUGCUGGGCGUGGCCAUGUACUGCACGGACCGCCGGCGCCCCCAGAGGCUGUGCGAGGAGCUGGAGGCCGCGCUCGCCGUCUACGUCCUCCACAUGAAGCAGCUACUGUGGGGCUGCUGGAUAUGGCUGACCAUGCAAUGA